AUGGCUGUCAAGGCCGAGGAGCGGAUCUUGCUGGAGGCACCUUUGCAAGUUCACACAGCUGGUGGACUCCUCAACUCGGAAACAUCACAGAACCUUGUCGUGAAAUUCACCACAGCAGACAACUUCACCAUCAAGGUUAAUAAGAAGAAGUACAACAAACUCAAAGGCCGAGCUCUGGUCGUGAGCCCCGUGCACCCUCAACACUUUUUUACCGCCGGCUCUCGCGUCAUCACCCAAGGGGUCCGAGUUGGCACCAUUGAAGGUUAUGGCCGUCACAUGAAUGAGGUGAAGAUUCGCCUCAGCGCGGACGAUGCACACAGCGUUCACGUGCCAUACAAAGAUGUCGAUGCCGUCGACGCUGCAGCAGCGGUUGGACCUUUUGCUUUUUUCCUGUCCUUUCUCAAUGGAAGUCACGUUGUGACCCUGACAUUUCAGGCCCCUACUUUUGCAAUCAUGCUGCAAUGGGUCUUUGUGCUCAGCCGGUGUCUGCUCCAUGCCCUACCACGCCCCCUUUCUGGGUUUGAGGAGGCCAUCCCCGAGGAUGUGCCCAGUACGAGCAGUAUUGGCAGCAACGACGAUGCCGACAGCCACCACAGCAACACCAACAGCGACAGCCGAGUUAGCCCACCCGACUCGCAGGGUGCCUUGCGUUUACGCCGCGAUUCGGGAGGCGACAUCAGUCUUGCCUCCAUGCCCACCUUGGACGCUACCGACCUACUUCAACUUGACAAGCAACAUCGCGCCGACAUUGAUUCACAAAUGUCCCUCUACCGCUCAUUUGUACACGAACAAAACAGUCCUGUCGACAUGGCGGCGCACCUCGCCCAACAUGGCGCUCAAGUCUCAGCCACCAUGCUAUGGGUCCAACGCCGCCGCUUGGUUCUCUCCCGGAUGGCUUCGUCCCAAUUUGCCUCUCAUGUAGCCUGGGAUAGCAAAAAGGUUGAUGGCAUGUCUUUGGAUGGCCAGCUCCGUCUUUUAGCGACUCACAUGUGCGAUCGCACCUGGGCCACCAAGCACGGCUGCCUUCCCUUGGUUAAACUCAAUCCUGAUGGAUCCAUUACGACCAGUCACCCCAAUCCAUUGGGCACCUUUGUCUGA